GUUCAGUCAGUCUGUGUCUUUUGGUUGAGGCAUCUCCCAGUAUUAAUGUUGGCAAAUGACUGAAUUAGAGUAAUUGUUUGCCAACCAGAGUGUUUCCCCAGCUCCAUCGUAAGGCCAUCCUAAUGCUGCAGCCACGUGGUUGUGAAAGGAGGUUCCAGACCUCAGAGCAUUGAGCUGGGCACCUGGCCUCCACAUCUCCACAUUGGCUGCAGGCUUUGGGUUCGCCUGUCUCUCUGGGGACGUGGAUACCUCGUGCCCUAAGGAUGGAGCUUGGGCCUGGGGGCUCCUGUUCCCACUUGCUGGGAGGACCCCUCGCCCAGCCUCCGAGGUCUGCACCUACACGCGCUACUUGCUUUGGGGACCAGGUCUCCUGCUCCCGCCCCUUCCCCGUGCUGAGGCUGGCCACUGCCCCACCUGUUCUCCAGAGACCAGCGUCCCCUGUAGCUGGUGCAGCCCCUGGCCCAGCCUCGAGUGCUCUUACAGCAGCCUCGGUGCACACGUGUGUCCUCUGGGUGUGGGCAUUUGUAGGGUCAUGUAGUUGGGACAGGACGAGGACAGAGAUGGACAAGCAUGGAUCCCCAGGGCACACGUUGAGGCCAGGUCGACACCACAGGAGAGUUGUUAAGGAACCGAGAGCUGUAGGGCCCUGUGGUUCCUGCCGCUGCAGAGGGAACCCUGCGUGGGGGUCAGGUACAGGUGCCGGCCAGCAGCAGCCCAGUGUGAAGGGAGCAUCAGAGCAGCACCGAAGACACAGGACCUGCCUGCCGUGACCAGCUGGGUCACACGUGUGUGGAUCCUUCCCUGUCUGCCAGCCAGAACGGUCCCACUGGGAGCUGCCUGCCUUGGGACAGUCAGGGAGGAGGGAGGUGGUGAAGCAGCAGUGAGACCGAGCUGGAGAGAGGGCUUCAGUGAGGCGAGCGUACGCAGGAAGGGGAUCGGCUCUCCGGAGGACCAGUCAAUGGGGUCUGCUGUGUGCUGCCCUGUCCGAGAAGGGAGGCCUUGUCGGGUGUUGCGGUGGGAUACCCAGGUCCACCUGCGAGGAACAUUCCAGAGAGGGUGUCACCAUCCAGGGCUCUGGCUGUAGACUCAGACCGCCUGGGGUCCAUCCAGUUCCCACCUGGCCACUUGCUGCCCGUGGGCCUUGUCUGAUAUCGGACAGCCCCGGGCCGGACACAGAGCCAGUGCUCAGUUAUGUCACCUGUCCCAGUGGCGGGUCCCUUCGCGGUGACAGAUGUGCCUAAGGCCUACUCACUGCUUCAAAGAUCCCCUUUCAUGCCCUGGCGUGAGCUCUCAUUGUUCUAGGGAACAGCUCUAUUUCUUUUAAAAACCAGAAACCAGAGGAGCCAACCCAGCACAACCACAGAUAGGCCUGGGAGUCCUCGGGGGCCCUGGGGUCCCCGAGGGGCCGGGCAUGGGGGUUGGGCCCCAGGGCUGGUCCCUAACCGUGCUCAUCUAGCCAGGCAGCGCCCUGACUGCGUGGAGAUGGGCCAGAAAUAAGGGCAGCAGGACACCUGCAGCUGCCCACCCUUAGCCCCGCCCUGUGUCGGCAGAUGGGCCUAGCUAGGGUCUUCCCUGCACAUGCACUUAGCCCUCCGGUGCCUGGGCACGAGGACCCUGAGGACCUCCCACCAGAACAGGUCUGCGCUCGGUGAACCUGCCCUGAACAACCGUGCUACCUCUGCUGGGCACACCGCUGGCCUGGUGUUGGCAAAGUCUGCGUGCACUGUGGGAUCUGGGGUCUCAGCGGUCCCGUGAUGCUCUCACCACCAUUUCUCAGAUGAGAAAACCGAGAUGGGACCAGCAUUCCAGCCCAGGUCUGGCCUGGGCCUGAGCUCUGAGCCCCCAGUGCCAGACUGCUUCCCCUUUCCUUAUGGCGGGAAGGAUGCCCGCUUGCUGGUAAUAAUCGGGGUGCUACUUAGGUUCACCGGCUAGAAAAUGAAGUGAGUUAAGGACUCAUAUGUAGAGUAAGUAGAAGUUAUCAGAGAAAACAAUCUUUUGAUUUUUUUUUUUUUUAACCGUGGUGCCUUUAAGAGGAUAUUAACACGCAGAAUGUUGGUUUAAUUUGCUGGUAACAUGAGGGCAGUGCAGGCCAGUGUCGUAAACAUAGAUUCCGGGGCCUUGCUGUAGACUUAACUAAAUCAUAUGCUCCUUGGGAAGAGCCUAGAAAUCUGUUUUAGAAGCUCCCCAAGGUAAACAGAAUAACCAUACAACCCAGCUAUUCCACUCCUAGGCUAGACCCAGAGGAAUUGAAAACAGGUGUUCAAACAAAAACUUGUACGUGAAAGUUCAUAGCCGCGUGAGUCACAGUAGCCAAAAGGUGGAAACUACCCAAGUGCCCAUCAAAUGGAUGAAUGGACAACAGCAGCAGGACCAUCGGACAGUGGGAUACUGGUCAGCCCUAAGGGAGCCGAGCUCUGAGCACGCUGCAGCGUGGAGGCGCCUCGCAAACAUUACACUCAUAGCGUAGGGUUCCAUCUGGGUGAAAUGUCCCGAACAGGCAAAUCCAGAGACAGGAGGCAGGUUAGUGCUGCUUCGGGCUGGGGGACGGGAGGAUGGGGCGUGCCUGCUGGUGGGGACGUGCUGGGCUGUUGAAAAUGUUCUGGAACUAAGCAGUGGGGACAGUUGCACAGCAUUAUGAGUGCAUGAAAUGACACUGAACUGUACACUUGGGCUAAAAUGGUGAAUUUCAUGUAAUUUUACCAGAAAACCCCCACACAGAUCUCCCCAGAGGAUUCCUGUGAACAGGCCAGGUGGGAGCCCCCGGCUCGGAGACGGGGAGAGGCUCUCCGGCCCCCCAGACCACACGUCAGCAUGGAUCUGGGGUCAGGAUCCAGGUGACCGGGAUCCAGCCCACCCGCUGCCCUGCGACGCAGCCUCCAGCCUGGCCGCUGAUGCCUCCCGGGUGCCUCUCCCUUUGGAUGCAGUGGGUGGAGGAGGGUCAACCUUAAGACUGUGUGAAGAUGCUCCCUUUCACUUUCCAAUCCAAGGUGCAGUUUUCUUUUCCUUCACCCAGAGUGGGACUCCGGAUCAUGACUCAGGGCACCAGCCCUUCAAAAAGAGGGAGGGGACAGCAAGGCCUGUGCCCUUGGGCUGUGUGUCACCUGGAGGCCCCCAACCUCUGCUCUGCGGCUGAGAAAAGACCCCUGCUGUUGAGCUUGGGGGUCGGGGGGUGGGGACGCCAUGGGCCUCCAGCCUCUCAGAGGUGCCCGACCACCAGCACUCAGGAUGCUGGGUGUGUCCGUUUCCUGCUGCCACUAUAACCAGUUACCAGGAAGCAGUGGCCUGAAACAGCACAUUUAUCCCCUGCAGCUCUGGAGGUUGGAAGUCCAAAAUCAGUCUCGUGGGGCUAAACUCAGGGCUGGUUCCCUCCGGAGGCUCCAGGCGAGAACUGAUUCCCAGGCCUUCUCCAGCUUCUGGAGCCGCCCGCAUCCCUUGGCCGGGGGGCCCCUCCGCCACCUGCAGUGCACACCACUCCACCCUCUGCUUCUGUCCGCACAUCUCUGCCUUCUGACCCUGCUGUGUCCCUGUUCUCGGGACGCUGUGAUGGUGAUCAGGGCUCACCGAGACCACCCCGGAUACUCGCCCCGUCUCAAGGUCUGCACUUGCUCUCAUCUGCAGAGUCCCUUUGGCCAGGUGACACAGCCGUAAGUUCUGGGACGAGGGUGAGGACAUCUUUGGGAGCCGCCAGUCUGCCCACCGACCGCACUGGGUUCCUGCCCCUGCGCUGGCGCCUGUUCCCCGCAGAGGUUAACUGUCGCCCUGAAAGGUCCACGAGCUCCUGUAUCUGCAGACCUGAGGCUUUAUUCCUGCAGCGUCUGGUUCACUCCACCUUUCAUUUAUUAAGCCGCCUUUUGAGGGCCAAGCCAGGGCACAAAGCUGAAGGCGAAGCAGUCCCUGCUUGACCUUGUCCUAGGCAAAAGCCCUAAAAAUUCUAAAUGGUAACCACGUGUGUCAUUCUGUGUGCCCCCUGAGGGAGUAUCUUGCAGGUUCAGUUAACAGUUUUGGGCCUGUGGCUGCCUUGACAGCUGGCCCACAGGUGGUAUUUGCUUAUUGGGAUCAAAAUAUGAAACUAGAAACAAGAAAAUACUGUCAGGAGUGCCAGCUAGUUUCAUUCGUCAAGCCCUUGUUGGGGCUCCACCCCGUCUCAGCAGGCGGUAGCCAGCGCUGUCCUCUGCUGCGUGCUUCCGGGUUCCCGUGCCUUCUCCCCGUCACCUUUGCGCGCCUCCCCUCCCUGCCCAGGCCGCGCAGGCCUCAGACCUCUUCCCUCCUGAUCCCACAGAUGCCCCGAGGCCCCGGCCUCCGCCGAGGCGGGCUUGAGGUUUGCGCGCUUGCCCGCCCUCCCAGUCACAUGCGCGCUCCCUUGCUUCUGAGGGCCGAGCCGCGGCACAGAGCUGCGGCUGAGCAGGCGCCCGUGAGCCCAGGCGCACAGGGCUGCCCUCCUCCUCCACACGGCACGUGAACACCUCUUGGGGAGCGUUAUAGAAAACCGGGUGCCCGUCCCGUCCAGACCAGCUUCAUCCGAAGCUCUGAGGCUGGGCCUGGCGCCGGCACUUUGAAGGGUCCCUCGGGUGUUGUGCAGCCCAGGUUCAGAACAUUGUCCUAGAAGCUCAGAGGCCGGCGGAGGUAGAAACACAGACAUGUACAGGUCAUGGGAUUUGCCCCGUGCGUAUUUCGACAACAGCCACCCUCUUCUCACUGGGUCCUCCUAAGGGCCCUGCAGGGUAGACAGGGGCUGUUACCACCAUUUCGCAGGGGACCGCAGUGAGGCCUGGAUCUCAGUCCUAGGCACUCUGGUUGCUGAGACCAUCCCACCCCCCGACCCCUGCCCCGGUCUGUCUUCCAGAACUUUCUAAAGGGUGAGACAAAGGUUUGCGGAAAUGAGCUGAGGUCACUUUCUCCCUGAAGUUCCCAACCUGUCAGGUGACCAGUACUCUGUGGGGACGGAAAGGAGGGAGCCUGGAACAUCCCUUGACGGGUGCUCCCAUGGGGGGCGACACGGGGCCGUGUGCGGGGCGCUGGGCUGAGCCCCGUGUGCCACCAGGGCUGCCCACCCACACAGAUGGGGCCCCACAGGCACCUCUCCUCCCCGGGAAAGGUCACACAGCCCUGAGACUGGGUAGAGUGCAAAUCAGAAUUAAGAAGUUUCCCCCAUUGAGUGGAAUUUCACAGCCCAGUGGCCAAUUUCUAAGUCAUGCACGUUAAUGGGCAGCUAAUGAGGGACCCAGGCAGGACAGGGGCGUGCCCCGGGCGCCCAGAGCCGAGAUUAAGGAGUACAAAGCCAGGCCGCUCUGAGAGCCCUUGAUCUCCUUUCUCACUGCCUCGGGGUGGAUGUGGGGGGAGAGAGCCAUGUGAAUUCCGGAGGGGUGCGCCCCAGCCCCUCACAUCCUGCCGUCUGCUCACCCAUUCAUUCCCUCCCUUACGUGUCCGCUCCCAUCCGGGCACCAUCAGGGUCCGGGCGGGUGCAGGAGCCAGCGUGACACUGCUGGCUUUGAGAUGACACACGCUCGGGGCUGAUUUCCGGACCUGGUCCUGGCCAGCGCUCACGUUUUGAGCCUCUUGCCCCACCCGUGGGAGCCCUGCGCCCUACGGACCGCGGUGACAGCCCUCGGGAUUCAGGGUGAGGACGCGGGGAGCGCUUGCUGCCAGGCCUGGGUCACGGUGAGCACCGCUCACGUGGUCGCAGCAGAACUGCGGCCCACGACGCCGUCCAGCUCCGGGCUCCCUUCCCCCUGGAGCCCGUGGACAGGCUGGCCACUCAGCAGAUGGAGCAGAGCCCGCAAAGUAUAAACGGAGCCGCUGCAGGGAGGUGGCACGGUCAGGGGCUUGAGACCAUACGAGCAAAGCCUUUGGUGCUGAUCUCGACGGAGAAGGACUGAUUGAUUGGGGGAGGCGUUGAACAUGUUUAACUUACAGCAGCGGUUCUCAGGAAGGGGCCCCGGACCCCCUGAGUCAGAAACGCUGGUGAUGGAUCCCACACUCGGUGUUUUAACGUGCUCUCGGGGGGAUUUGAGCCUGGGCGCCAGGAAUAAACAGGUUCACCUCUGAAUUCAAGAUCCGACCUUCACGGGGCUGUGUUUUCCGGGUUGGGACUGUUUCCAGAAUUCUGCCGUCCUAGCCGACUGUAUCGGGUCGGAGAGGUAGUCUCUACUCAAAGUGUGGUCCAGGGACCGGCAGCACCCACCUCCGCAGAGCUCGCGAGAAACGUGGAGUCUCGGCUCCACCCCAGGUGGGACGAAUCAGCACCUGCCUGUUAACAAGACCCCAGAUGAUUCCCGUGCUCGUCUGCCUGGGGCGCCUCUCCAGAGCCUUUGCAUGCGUUCGGGGACGUGACCCCAGCACGUGCUCUCUAGGGCUCCCAUAAUUCAUGACGCAUUUGCCCACCCCGGUGGAGCUAGAGCCUUCCUCGCACCCCUCUGGGUCCUCUGAAUUGAGCCCGAGUCCCCGUCCCUGAUGGCCCAGGACUGUCUGUCGCCUUGAAGAUUGGACUUGGUGCCAUGGAGGGACAGACCCCAGGAGACAGAGGCCUUUCGGAAAAGCCGGUCCCCACGGCCGCCCGCCCCAGUCUGUCCUCACUGGGUGCUGUCUUCAUUCUCCUGAAGUCCGCGCUGGGCGCCGGCCUGCUCAGCUUCCCGUGGGCCUUCCACAAGGCGGGUGGGGUGGCCCCCGCUUUCCUAGCGGAGCUGGUCUCCUUGGUCUUCCUGAUCAGUGGGCUGGUCAUCCUGGGCUAUGCCGCCUCCGUCAGUGGCCAGGUCACCUACCAGGGCGUGGUCGGAGGGCUGUGUGGCCCCACCAUCAGGAAGCUGUGCGAGGCCUGCUUCAUCGUCAACCUGCUCAUGAUCUCCGUGGCCUUCCUCAGGGUGAUCGGGGACCAGCUGGAGAAGUUGUGCGACCUGCUGCUGCCCGGCGCCCCGCCAGCCCCGCAGCCCUGGUACACCGACCAGCGCUUCACCCUGACGCUGCUCUCCAUGCUGGCCAUCCUGCCCCUGUCUGCCCCACGUGAGAUCGGCUUCCAGAAAUACACAAGCAUCCUAGGCACCCUGGCCGCCUGCUACCUGGCCCUGGUCAUCGUGGCACAGUACUACCUCGGGCCCCAAGACCUCGCUCGUGAGCCCCACCUGGCAUCGAGUCCUUCCUCCUGGGCCUCCGUAUUUAGUGUCUUUCCCACCAUCUGCUUCGGAUUUCAGUGUCACGAAGCUGCCGUGUCCAUCUACUGCAGCAUGCGCCACCAGAGCCUCGGGCACUGGGCCCUCGUCUCCGUGCUGUCCUUGCUGGCCUGCUGCCUUGUCUACUCGCUGACAGGCGUGUACGGCUUCCUGACCUUUGGGACAGACGUUUCUGCUGACAUCCUGAUGUCCUACCCAGGCAACGAUGGGGUCAUCAUCGUUGCCCGGGUCCUCUUCACUGUGUCCAUCGUGACUGUCUACCCCAUCGUGCUCUUCCUGGGGAGGUCAGUGAUGCAGGAUUUCUGGAGGAGGGGCUGCUGCUGGGCGUGUGGGCCCCAGCCCCUGGCCGAGCCCUCGGGGCCGUGGGUCCGGAUGUCGCUGACCGUCCUGUGGGUCACCGUGACGCUCGCCAUGGCCCUGUUCCUGCCCGACCUCAGCGAGAUCAUCGGUGUCAUCGGUGGCGUCAGCUCCUUCUUCAUCUUCAUCUUCCCAGGUCUGUGCCUCAUUUGUGCCAUCAGUGUGGAGCCCGUCGGACCCCGAGUUAAGUGCUUCCUGGAGGCCUGGGGGGUGGUCUCCGUGCUCGUCGGCACCUUCAUCUUCGGGCAGAGCACGGUGGCGGCUGUCAUGGAGCUGCUCUGAGGGGCGGCCCGCGGCCGAGCGGGAUGGGGUCUCCACGGCUGCCCUGGUCCGGCUGCCUGCAUCCAGCCGUGAGACCGAUGUUAUCUCAUCAUAAAGAUGCUGGAGAAACGGAUACGUUCUGCCUUCCCAGGCUGCUCAUUUGGGCUUCUGCUGGUUCCCAGGGUUUCUGGUGCAGUGGUGAGGAGUUUCUUAGUGUCCUGGGCCUGUCCUGCAAGUGACCACAGACUGGGGGCUUCUGGCAACAGCAGUGCAUUCUCUCACAGUCUGGAGGCUAGAAGUCUGAGAUCAAGGUGUGGGCGGGGCUGGCACCCUCCCUCUGCAGGCUCUAGGGGGACGGUCCCUCCUGCCUCUUCCGGCUUCUGCUGGUUGCUGGCCAUCCUUGGUUCUCCUUGGCUUGUGGCUGCAUGCGUCCAAUUUCUGCCGCCUCCCUCAUGUGGCCGUCUUCCCUAUGUAUCUGUCUCAAUUUCCCUCUUACAGGGCUCACCCUACUUCAGUAUGGCUUCAUCUUAAUUACUUAAUUGGGAUCUGCAAAUAUCCUAUUUCCAAAUAAGGUCACAUUCACGGUUUCCAGAGGUUAGGGCUUAAACUGUGUCCCCCAGAAAAAUAAGUUAAACCCAUAACUGGGAGGCAGGUGCUGAGGCCCAGAGAGCCCUACUUUGGGGUGCUGAGAUCAAAGGCACGAGGCAAGGGCAUUGCUCGGUGGGUGAGAGCCCAGAGGGCAUUUGGGGCGGCCUCCGGUGGGGAUGGCAGUGCCACGGCACGGGGGAAUGCCCAAGGAGAUGCGUGCCCAGAGCUGGCCACACAGCCUGUGCUUGGCCUCGCUCCAGUGGGGGGGGGGGACCCGAGGAGAGCCCCCGCCCCUUCCACUGGCUGGACCUGAAGAGCCUGGAGGCCAAGUGCGCUGUCUGCUCCAUGAUUCCCUCCCCGAUCCGGGGGUGAGGAACCACGCCUGGAGCUGCGGCUGAGGGGGCAGGGAUCUGCCCGCGGCCGGGGAGGAGAGGAGGACGGGGCCAGGGGCUCUCCCGUCGCUGUCCCCGGCACUGACCCUGCCCAGGGCCUGGCAACCCCGGAUGGAUGUUGCUGGAUUCAGGCCGCUCUUCCUCUGCCCUGGGACGUCUGCCAGGAGCCAGCAGUGCCAGAGCCUGCGUGGGCUGACGUCCUUCAGACACCUCCCUCCAGGGAUUUGCCCGUUCUGGACUUUCCACAUGAAUACAUGGCCUUUUGUGUCUGGUUCCUUUGACUUAGCGUGACGUUUUCAAACUCGCCCAUUUUCCAGGUGGAGGGGAUUCUCAUAGGACUGAGCCUCAGAUCGGCCGUGAUCACGCAAGGACAUGAUGCACAGAAAUGCAGGCUGGGAUGCCGCCCUCUGAUGUCUGAGCUCGUGAGGCAGGAUGGCGGCCACAUGCCUCCCGUGGAAGGCUUAGGUUUUGAAUGGGACACGGCAAGGGACACAGAUGCUGAAGAUCUGUUUGAGCAGCAGUUUUGAAACAGGAGCAACCCUGGCCUCCGCUCCCAGAUUCAGGGCCCAGCAGAGCACGUUCAGGGGGUCAAGCUCCAGCCUGAGAAACGCCACCUCCAAGUGGAUUGAGGCCCAGCCGUCUGAGUAGUGGAGGCCGCUGGAACCCCGCCUCUUCACCCUCUCAGCCAAGGAGCCUCUGGGACAAGGAAGGGCCUGGAAAGGGGGCCGGGGCUGGUCCCCGCCCCCCGUCCCACCACCUAACCCCCGGCCGAGGGCUGACACCUACAUCUUCCACUCCUCCUCUGUCUCCCAGAACUCGUAGACCACGAAGGUGACGCCGUCCGCCAGCCUCACGGCAGCGAUGCUGCAAGAGGAGAGAGACCGGACUCAGUGGCUGCACGGGGCUGCUUGCUCCCCAAUGGGGUGCACACAGGGCCACACGCCCCCCAGACAGGGCGGCCCCUGAGCCAGGCUCGGGGCUGCCUGAAGACCCUGGAAACGUGAGGCUGGCAGAAGCUGCAGCAGCCGGGGGUGGUGACAGGCCCGCAAGGCAGCCUGUCACCACCCGAGGCUGCCCUCAGUAAGACGCUCCCUUUCUGAUCAGGCCCCCCGAACCCUCCAGGACCAGCCACCUAGUCUGAUCAGCUGCGUGCACCUCUCUACCCUCUAGAGCAAGGCCUGGCCCGGUACAGGGGCCAGCGUGGCUGCUGAAUGAAUGACAGUGAAACGUCUUUGAAAAAGGCUUUCUAGUCAUUGAAAAACCUACCUUUAAAACUAAAAGCAUCUCCACCU